AUGGUCGCCACACGCCAACAUCCUCGCGGCGACUUUCCGGCAUUCGAGCCCUCACCAACAAAGAGGCCCUCGCGUAACUCGACCGCAUCGCCCGCGCCAACGAGCCCUACGACAGCGACACAGGCUGCUGCGUCGAAUGUCUCGCCCACUGCAAAGACAGUCGCAAGGCAAAGUGCGUCCAAAGCUGUGGAAGCCGUUGCGCCACCCUCCCCAUCCGAGGUCAACGAAAAAGCGUGGUGUCACACCGCAUCCAACAUCACAAUCCUAUGGCUCGCAGUGUCUCUGCCUCUUGUGUUGUGGGAUACCUUGUACAUCUUGCUGCGCCCACACACAAUGGCCGGCGGCGCCCUGCAAUGGCCUAUCUGGAAGCCGUACGAGAUCUACGCCGCGAUCGACUACGUGUACGGAUGGCCUGGAUGGGAGAACAAUGAUGGCUUUGGUGGCGCGCAGGGAGCGCUUAAUGCUGUGGAGACGGUGCUGUAUGGCUUGUACGUUAUGGUCAUUUAUUAUCACAGCGUCCCGGCUGCAACGGGUACCGGUCUUGAUGUUCAGAGUGGGGGAAUAGGCACAUGGCUGUCUGGUGGGCGCAAAGUGCCUGGUAGGAAUGGUAAUCGCGCGCUGCUCAUUGGGUUCACGGCUGCGGUCAUGACGCUGAGUAAGACGGUGCUUUACUAUUUCAACGAGUACUUCUCGAAGUUCGAAAAUGUCGCUCACAACGAUUGGUUUACCAUUUUCCUCUUCUAUGGUGUUAUGAAUGGCCUUUGGGUCAUCUUCCCAGCAUACAUGACCAUUGUCUUUGGAUCUGACAUCCUCUGCGCCCUUGACCAUGCCGCAGAGGUGAGGGAGAAGGAAGAGUAG